AAGAUGCUGCGGGCUUCUACUAUAAUCAUUGCCCGAAUCGAAUUCAGUCCGUACCCAACCGUCAAAGUUGCAGUUUUGUAGCGAUGAAUCCGAUUCUUAAAAUUUUAGCUAUUGUAGUUGUCAUUAGUGGUGCUGCUGUAAGUGCCCCGGUCAACAAAGAUGACACCCAACUGACGGUGGUUAAUGAAUCUAACAAUCACAGCACGAAUGAUUUUAGCUGGAGCUAUGAGCUGAGUGAUGGCCGUGAGGUUCGUCAAAAUGCUUACGUUAAGAAAUUGGACGAUGGUACCGAGGUGCUGGUGAUCACAGGUGCAUACAAAUAUAUUGGUCCGGAUGGUGUUAAGUAUACUGUGAACUAUUUUGCCGAUGAAGACGGAUAUCAUCCUACCGUAACUGUUGGAGAUGAAAUGCCGGUGCCGAGACCUGUUGGGAUCGACCCCAAGGUGCUUGCAUCGUUGGUUGGAUAAUUGGUUCGAUAAAUGUGUAAUUUGUUACUUUCAUGAAUGGGUGGGCUUUUCUUAAAAACGGGUCAUAUUUGCAACAGGAAUUGAUUAGAGAUUAAAGUUUCUUUAAAUUAAAAUUAUUUGUGUCAUAUUUCGUUUAUCACAAUUUAUACAAAGUUGUUCUAUAGCUCGUUGAAUUUCAGACGUUGUCUCCUUUUAUAUUAGUUCAUAUCAAAACCACGUAAAGAAUUGU